UUUGACUUUACUCGUCAAAAACCCUCUGUUAGGGUUUCCAGAAUUCCCAAAUUAAAAAUGAAUCCCUUCUGCAAUCAACAGCACUAACACUCCCCAGUGUUUUAUUCUUCAUAGUCUUCAACUUCAAACCCAAUUCGAGUUUCAAGCAAAAAAGACGAAAAAAGGGUUUCUUAUCCAACACACUGAAGAAAAAAUGAAUGGCAGAAAAAGAGCAGCCAUUAAAGCUUCAACAAGCAUCAUCCCCUUCGAAAAUCAAGAAUCACCCAUUCUUCCUUGCAGGAUUCUCCUACUCCCUCGCCGCACGAUCUACGAAAUCCUCGCGAGGCUCCCAAUCAAAACCCUUUUCCAAUGCAGGUCCGUUUGCAAGAGGUUCCUUUGUUUCAUCUCAGAUCCCGAAUUCGCGAAGCUUCAGCUUUUAAAAUCUCAAAUUUGCAUCUUAAUCAAGACUCAGCCGCUCCAGAACGCUUCCAAGAGACUCCAGUUAGCUCACGUUGAGUCCAGUGCCUCGAAUUUCCAGGUCUCGAAACUCAACUUUACCCCCAAGUCAAAUCUCCCAACUAUUGAGAUCUCUCAUAUGAAUGCUUGCAAUGGUUUGCUUUGUUUAAUUGGGUCUGAGAAAGAUUAUAACUUCUAUGUUUGUAACCCGAUUUUGGGUGAAUUCAUCACCAUUCAUCCUCCUUAUAAGGAUAGGCAAAGAGGUAGCUUUUGGGGGCUUGGUUAUUCAACUAUGAUGGAUCAAUACAAAGUUCUGCAGAGCUAUUAUCCGGUAGUUGAAUCCAAUAAUCGAUAUGUGAUGGCUGAGAUUUACACCAUUGGAACUGGUACAUGGAGGAGCAUUGGAAAUGCACCAAUUGAUACCGUUGCUAUGCCGUUCAAUGCUUUCUUGAAUGAUUGCCUUCACUGGUUUCCUUGUACUCCAAAUGGUAGCGAAUUCAUUCAUACUUUUGACUUCAAUUCUGAAAAGUUUGGGACACUCCCACCGCCGGAUCAUUUCCGAGAAGAUGAUAAGAAGUUCACGAAUUACUCGAGGAUUGGUGUGCUUGGAGGGUGUCUGUUUAUGAUUUACUUCACAAAUUCGUCACGGUUCGAUAUUUGGGCUAUGAAGGAGUAUGGUGUGAAGGAGACGUGGACCAAACAGUUUGUUAUUGAGAAUUUGUAUCCCAAGCAAGGCAGUUGGGAUUUCUAUGAACCGAUGGUUGUUUUGAACAAUGGGGAGAUUUUGAUGUUGUACAAUAAUGAUGCAGUGGUUUGUUACAAUCAAAAGCGGAAAAAUCUUCGCGGAACUAAGUUUUUCCGGACUCGUUCACAGUUUGAUGCCACUGCUUUCACCCCUUCACUGGUUUCUCUUGACAAUGUUGCAAAAGGAGAGCAAAUUUCUAGGAUGCAAGGCACCAAAGACUAUGACAGGCUUUGUACCGAUGAUUUCCAUGAUUGUGUUGAUUGUGGAGCGCAACUCGUUCACCCUAUCUGUAGUUUCUCGCCUUUUGGAGUUGCCUAUGGUGCUGUAAAUUAUCAUAAUUUUCAGGCAGAUAUAUAUGGGAGAAACCCAGAGAACAGAUGCGCAGCAUGUACGGAUCGGCGAGUUACUCCGACGAAAUCGUUUCUUAGCCUGUGGAAUCUGUGAAGAGAACAGUGAUUGAUAGAUGACGAGCGAGCUCGACUUGUGGUAUCAACUUAAUCCUUUGGGAUUUACAUUAUCCAAUUCAGCAACUGAACUUUUCUGCCUUAUUUUCGAAUGUUAUUGCUCUUUUGUGCUUGUAAAUAUUCGAAACAACUUCCUGCUUAACUAGGGAAAAUUAGUUUGUUAAUUAGUAGCGUAAACCGCGAACUGCCAUUGUUGUGCUUUCAAUUCCGUAACUGGACAUUGU